CAUUCUUCAUAGGUUUCGAUUUCUCGUAAGCAGUAAGCUGCUUCGUCCAGUUGGUGUCUGGGUGCGCGCGCAGUUUGACAGCCCGCGCUUUUUCCUGUCAUACCUUAUUUUUUUAUAAGGAUAACAUUCGAAAUUUAAAAUGAACAAUCAAAUAGACGACGAACAAAUAACUAUGCUGCGACGUGCGUUCAGCAUGUUCGACUCCAGUAAGCAAGGAAAGAUCGAGAAGGAGAAAGUGCGGACGAUCCUCAACACCAUGGUACAUAGCUUUGAUGAUAACGAGCUUGAUCAGAGACUGGACAAUGAGGAUGUUGAUGGUUCAGGCAAGCUGAAUUUCGAUUCGUUUGUCCGAGUUGCGACACAUUUCUUGGACGAGGACGACGAAGCCUUACAAAAGGAGCUUAAAGAGGCUUUCAGGCUGUAUGACAAAGAGGGUAACGGCUACAUUCCCACAUCGAGCCUCAGAGAGAUCCUUGCUGCGUUAGAUGAUCAGCUCACACCAGACCAACUCAAUGAGAUGAUCGCCGAGAUUGAUACAGAUGCAUCAGGCACUGUAGACUUUGAUGAAUUCAUGGAGAUGAUGACUGGCGACUAGUCUUCAAACUGCAAAGAAUAAUAAAAAUUGUCGACGGAGAUUUUCUAAUAAACUUUAUUUAUUAAUUC